AUAUCUCUGAUUCUGAUGUUGGUGGCAUUAGUGAGAGACGAUCGUAUCGACUUUGCGCUAAAAAAAGAGCAGGAUAUCUGUAAUGACAACGAUGGUGAUAUUAGUCUGGAAGAUAGUGAUGAUUUUUUAUCCAUGUCCAUGCCAUCGCUUUCUAUGAACAAUUCUGUUUUAAUCGACGAAUCCAACAAUGAGUUCUUACGUCUCACUGCAAUGGUUCGUGCUGUAUAUUUUUCUUAUCUUCAUAAAUGUUUACUUGGUAAUUAUAUAACUUGUUAUAAACAAACAGACAUUGACACAGCAAGUAUUAAAGUAAAAAAAUAUGCAGAUCAAAUGGAACUACAUGCAGUUCGAUUAGCAUUAGAAGCUACUUUGUACAGACAAAAUAUGUUAAGAAUGAUUGCAGAUAUAAAAUCGCAUACUGUCAAAAAAAAAGCAUAUAAAAAAUUAGUAAUAUUUUUAGAAACAUCUAAGGAUAAAAUUGAUGUUGCUGUACAAACAAAUGACAUAUGGUCAGAUUCACAAGAAGUAGAUAAUACACAAAAUGUAUAUAUCACGCCCAACUGUGAGGAGGUGUUAGAAACAAUGAAUUCUAGCAAUUCUCAUACCAGUGAAAAUAUUACGAAAAUUAUUGAUGAUGAGAUGGAUACACAAAUGUUGCAAGAGACUGUAAAAGAAGAAUUUAAUGACACUAGUCAGGGAAAUAACGAUCAGAAUGAUUUCCCAAUGAUGGAUGAUGUAACUACAAUUAGAAAUGAAGACGAAAAUUCACAAGAUUCACUACUACAACAUAUGGAAGAUAUGUUUUGCGAAAGUGAUGAUAGUAGUGAUAUAACAAAAUUGAUUGAGAAACAUUCUGGUGUUACAAAGGCUAAUAUUGAUAAGGAAAUUAAUAAGAUAUGUUUAGAAGCAGAUUCGAAUCUUUUUGGUAUGCCACAAAAUGAUAAUAUACCAAAAUCUAAAAUAGCAAAAGUAAGUACAAACAAAGGAAAAGUUAGCUUUAGUCGUUAUAAGGAAAUGCAAAAUAGAAAAGCCAAUAAAUCAAAAGAAACUAAUGGAAAUGCAAUUGGUGAAAAUAAACAAAAACAGAGGUUAAAUGCUAUUUGGUUUGUGGAACGAGUGCAUCAAGUUUCACAACUAAAAGCCAAAAUGACUGAAUUAUCAUUGACGAAUUAUCGUAAGCACGGAAAAAUAAAAGAACAAUUCCUUGAGUUGUUUGGGGAAUGUGAGGAAGAAGAAAUGAUGCCAGAAUCACCAAUCUGUAUAGAAGAUUAUUUACCAGCUUGCAAAGAAAGAAUAGCGCCUUGGAUUGUUAAAUAUCUAAUGCCAUUUUACAAAAAGAGAAGAAUUAAAGAUCGACAACUUUUCAAAAUUGUUGCAAAGUAUAUUGCAGACAUGCUCAUUAUAGAAAAUACAUUUCCAGAGCAAAAAUGUGUCAGCAAGUAUAUAGAAAGUUAUUUUAAGAAUAAGAAGUUCAUUAAGACUAAACAGGAUAUAUAUCUAUGAGAACAAAGGUACAUAAUUCUUGUCUAUUACCGGUUCCUGCAGAAACAUGUGUAAACAUCGUUCAUUCUGUGCCAAAGGAUGUCCAGCUAUUCUGAAAAGUAAUUAUACAAUACAAUCAGUUACAGACAAACAUAAUUGAUAGCAUUG